AUGCCGGCUCCCCGAACACAGCCCGACCUCAUCCUGGUUCAUCCAGUGCUGGCCCUGUCUGGACGAGCCCCAAGCAUCCUCUGCUCGGUGCCCUGGGACGCCUGUGAACUCCUGGCCACGGCUAUGUGGUGGAAGACAUGGAUUCUGUGGGGGGUUUUCCUUAUCUCUAGGACUCGCCCACCUGCUCCCAUGCAAAUCUUCAUUUUAACUCUGGAUCCCAGUGAAGGAGAGGUGUGUUGUAAGAAGAGGAAACCUGGACAGACAGGAAGAAACCGAGUGAGGAUGACGACAGCCACCUGCAAGCCAGGAGGAGAGGCCUCAGGAGAAACCAGCCCCGGGACACCCUAAUCACAGGCGUCCACCCCCACAACGAUGAGAGAAUGUUUCUGAUAAAACCACCCAGUUUUUGAUACUUUCUUAUGGCAGCCCCAGCAAACAAAAACUGGCUCCAUGGCCUCCCCUGUCCUGCCCCUCCGUCUCUACGACCUGGGCACCUUGCAAGCACAAGGAAGGGACCCUCCAGUUCGGGGUGCCCACACACCUUGCUUUCUUCCUUGAGCUCUGGUCACCAAGGAGGCAAAGGGGAGAGAGGCUUCCAAGGGGCCCAUCAUUUGGAAAGGGAAAACCAGCUUCCGUUGCCGUGGCAACUCCACUGGGAUGCUCUGCUAUUUGCACAUUUUGAAAUUGGAGGUGGGUAGUGAGAAGGGAAAAAGGAAAGAAAAAUUGAGGGAGAUGAGAGUAUCCAGGGCAAAAGAAAGGAGAGAAAAGCAAAUGAAGUUUAGGAAAAAUCCAGCUUCGGACAGGUGACCCUGACAGUGCUUAAUGAGCUCAGAUGAGUCCCAGGGGCUCGGGGACUUCCCCAUUAAGUCGUGGUGGCUCCAGCCAAUGUCAGCCCAGGUCCCCCACUGUCAGAGAGGAAACAGAGGCUCGAAGAUGAGAAGUGCCCUGCACAAGGUCACCUUGUGACUUGGAGGAUUCUCCAGGUAAAAGCAGCCGUACUGGGGGAAGGCCUCUAUUCUUGUAAUGAACCAAACGUUUGUGCCAACCCCCCAAAUUCAUAUGUUGAAGUCCUAACCCCCAACGUGAUGGUUUUAUGAGGUGGGGUCUUUGGGAGGUAAGCAAGUCAUAAGUGUAGAACCUUCAUAAAUAGGAUUAAUGUCCUUAUAAAAGGGACUCCCAGGACCUGGAUAUGGUGGUGUGAACCUGCAAUCCCAGUGCUUUGGGAGGCUGAGGUGGGAGGAUCCCUUGAGGCCACAAGUUUGAGACCAGCCUGGGCAACAUGGCAAGACCCCAUCUAUACAGAAAAUACAAAAAUUAGCCGGGUAUGGUGGUGCACACCUGUAGUCCCAGCUACUUGGGAGGCUGAGGUGGGAGGAUGGCUUGAGCCCAGGAGUUUGAGGCUGCAGUGAGCCAUGAUUGCACCACUGCACUCCAGCCUGGAAAACGGAGUGAGAGUGUCUUAAAGAAAAAGGGGCCCUAGAGAGUUCUCUGGUACCCUGGUUUCAGACUUCUAGCCUCCAGAAUGGUGAGAAAUAAAUAUGUAUUUUU